AUGAGGAUAGAGAAAGUAGGAGGGAACAGAAAAGGGGCCACUGUCAAUUGUAACAAUCGUAUUUUCUACCCCCCCAACACUGAUCUGGUAUUUGAGGUGAUUCCAGGUUACCUCAGAGCAACACACGCCCCACAUCCCACCAUGGCAUCCAAUCCACAUCACCACAAGGAGAAAUUUCUUGAGGCAAUUCAACACCAGCCAACAGCGGCACACACCCCGGUGCACCUCGCCAGUUAUGGUGGCCACGUGGAGGUACUGGAGCAGCUGGCAGGUGCUGGCUGGCCCCUCACCGCCAGGGACAGUGAUGGCAACACACCCAUGCACUCUGCUGCGGCCGGGGGUAGAGUGACAUGUGUGCAGUGGCUGGUGCAGCGAGGCGGUGACACAAGCAUGCAAAAUAAUGCUGGACACACCCCGCUUGACAAGGCAGGGUUAAGCAUAGAAGGUGGAGGCACCACUGACUGGACACCUCUGAUGAUGGCUGCCCUGAAUGGCCACGCCCAUACAGUGAAGGCGCUGCUGGACCUCCGUGGUAACCCUCUGGCCAUGGAUAGUGACGGUGAGGCUGUUUAUGGUGGCCACGUGGAGGUACUGGAGCAGCUGGCAGGUGCUGGCUGGCCCCUCACCGCCAGGGACAGUGAUGGCGACACACCCAUGCACUUUGCUGCGUGGGGGGGAUGUGCAGCAGCUGUGCAGUGGCUGGUGCAGAGAGGUUGUGACCCACUCGUGCAAUCGAAGGCUGGCCGCACCCCGCUGGAGUUUGCCGUGCAGCAUGGCCGCCACGAGGUGGAGUCCUGGCUGGUUAAAAAUUGCAGCGGUGUUGUGAGGAGGAAGACUCUGCGUGUGCAGCAAGUGAGGGAGUGGCGGGGCGUGCAUGAACACCACCACAACACAGUCUUGUCCAUGCUGGUGGAGGGCAACGAGGCAGCCAUGGCCAACAUCCCCGAGUUGGAUGAUGGUCACACGCUGAGCCAGGAUGGCCUGACGCCUCUCCACGCCGCGGCGCUGUGCGGGGCUCCCAGUGAUGCUGUGGAGGCUUUGCUGCAACGCGGCGUGAGCCCUCAUGUGACCACCCCUGACAACAUGACCCCCGCUGACCUGGCACGGCAGCAAGGCCAAGACUCAGUGAUUAAGGGACUACAGCGCCACCACUGUGUACAGCAAUAUGGUAACCCAAAAUUUCAGCUGCACAAGUCAAUAUAG